AUGACUUCUGACAGAGAAAGGGAUAUGAUUGUUAAUGUUUUUGCUCCAAUAUUUAAAAAAAUAUUUGAAAGCUAUGACCUUGGAAAAUUUCGUUUGUUCUGGCUUGAAAAAGGGUGCAAAGCAGUCACAGCAAGAAAAAGAAGAUAUAUAAACCCAGAAUAUACUAAAUUAACCAAUGAUGAUAGAAAGCUUGAUUUAAUUAUUGAAAUAAGAUGUUAUGAUAUUGAAAUUCUAUUAUUAGAAAUUGGUAUAGAUAAAAAUUUAACAGAUACAAAUAGUGACUAUAAUCAGCUAAAAAUUGCUUUAAAGGAUUGCAUGGAUACAUUUGUUGAAAAAAUGAACAUUUCUAAAGAAUCUCUUGCCAAAUUAAUGAUAUUAGGUAUUCAAAUAUCAGACUUUACGUGGGAUAUCUAUUCAAUGACUUAUGAUCAUGAAUUAAAAUUCUAUUUUUUUAAUAAAUUAAGAUCAUUCAAACUCCCAACAUCAUUAGCUGAUUUAGAUUCUUCUCUUCCCUAUUUUAUGGAAAAUAUACUGGCUCUUAGGCAUACAAUGCUUUAUAUUUCAGAUAUUUUAAAAAAAAUAAUGAAAGAAAAAGAAUCAAGAACACCGUCACCACCCACUUCACCAAUUUACACAACACCAGAUACACCAAUCAUUAAAAAAGUCAAAGAAAAUGUUUUUUUGAAUCUUUUUCAAGAUUUGUAUUGA